CAUCCGUACAACUGAGAAUCACGAGUCCAGUUAAACUUACACUGCCGAAAGAAAAGGAGGAGAAAGACGACUGGAAAUAAUAAACUCCAGUUAGAAAGGAGGUGAAAACGGGAGAUACGAGAGAUGGCUUUCGAUCUCUCUAAAAUUGCGAGUAAUCUCGUGAAGAAUUUUGCGACAGGAGAGAUGGUGGCGAUCUCUUCACUUUGGGAGAAGCAAGCCUGUGUGAUCCACUUCAUGAGACGGUUUGGAUGAUCCGCGUGUCGGCUGGGUGCCAGCGAGCUUGAUUCGCUUAGACCCAGCUUGAUGAGGCCGACGUACGACUCGUCGGAAUCGGCCUCGAGGAUCUAGGAGCACAGGAGUUCCUAGAUGGCGGGUUUGGAAAGGAGAUUUAUUCAUAGAUCAACAACAGAAGAGUUAUCAAGGGCUAGGCUUUAAGAAAUAUAGCCUGAUGAGCAUCAUGAAGGCUGUCUUCUCCGCUAAAACUAGAGCUGCACUAUCAAGGGCAAGUGACAAGAAGAUCAAGGCUAAUUUGAAAGGAGACAAAUUGCAAAUCGGAGGAACUCUCAUCAUAAGCAAAGGAGGAGAGAAGGUUCUAGUAGACUUCAAGCAGGAGGCCCCCGGAGACCACAUCCCCCUCCAGACUGUACUUGAUGCCUUCGGAAUCAAAGGAGAAACGCCCAAGACGGAAGGAGCUGAGGGUGGCACCGUUGUAUGCAAUGAUGAUGUAUGCCAAAUGAAGUAGAUAGCCACAAUAGAGUGGUGAAGUGUGACAUAUUCCAAAAUCUUUUUUUUUUUUAUCAUUUUCCGAUAGAGCAUCAAAAAUAAUGUCCGAAUGUUGAAAACCAAUUGACUAUGUUAAGUAUUGGCUGAGAUAUAACCAUCUGAAUAAAAAUAUGUCCUAUGGGACUCAGUGUUAUAUUGCUCUGGCUCGUAAUGUUAUGAACCAGUCUAUAGAGAGAGAGAUAAUGGACUCUUCCACUAUUUGAAGGGGUGGUAUUCAGCAUUUCGCAAAGCACCACUGAUGGCAUUAAUUUUCUUUUUUUUCUGUCGGUGAUCAGGGUAUUGUUUCAUGAAUCUGUCAUGAGUACAACUUAACUCACAUCUUAUUGAAAUGCCUGUUGAUUGUAAUAUACCCACAAAUUUCAAUGGGAUGUUGGCAAACAUGUACUUGUGAUGGUUUUGUGAAACGCUGUCCAGGGCACUGAUGCACUAUUUGAUCUUCUGACUUCAAGAGUAAUUCCACAAUAGACAGUUUAUGCAUCACUUGAUUCUCGUUCACAUUUUUUUCAAUGAUUUAAAUAUGUCGGAGAAGGCAGCAAUUUGUUUUUGGAUUUCUUUGUGGGGACUCCCCUGUUUACAUAUUAAUUGGAUUCGUUCUUCUGUUUAAUCAGUAUCAUCUGUGUCACAGCAUUAUCAUCACGUACAAAGUUUGUCUUUCAAAUUGUUUCUUGUGGUUAUUCCAGUAUUCCACACAGGUUUCCACAUUUUUGUAAUAUUUUUCAGUAUUAUGCAAAGAACAGAACAUUUAAUAGAUGUUGGUGCAUGUAGUCUGUUAUAACUUAGCAAGCACAAACAUAUGCACAAACUAGAAACAUUUAUAUAUGAAAACAUAUACCGGUAUCAUAAUUUCGGAAAAUGUACAAUAUUUUAAAAGUGCUUUUUUUUUUAAUUGUAAAAAAUGUUCUGCAGGUGUUUAAUCCUAUAUUUACUGUUUCUAUCUGUUGUACCACUUUCCAUUAUUCAAAGCAAGCCCUUUAUAGCAGAGAGACAUUGAUAUAAUAAUAUAACUUAAUUAUUAGCUUUUGAGAUAACUGAACGUUCAUUAGUAUACAUUCCUGUUCCUCACAUUAUUUAUGUUCGAUGGAAAACUAUUAUGAAGUGAGGAGAAUGGAG